AUGCCUGCCUAUAUCGAUCAAUCUUUCGAACAGUUUCAAAAUCAUGUUCAUGUAUCAAAUUUACCGAUUGAUGUAAAUGCUAAACGAAUUACUGAUAUUUUUCAACAAUUCGGUAUUAUUAUUAAAUUAUAUUUAAAACGUCGUAUUUCAAAAGAUUCACCUAUAUCAUUGCCGAAUCCAUUUGUAAUCCUAGUAUUUGAAAAAAAAGCAAAUGUUGAUAAAGUUUUGGCUGGACGUCCAUAUUUUAUGAAUGAUAAUCAACUUUUUGUACGUCGUUGUCUACCAAUUACUCGACGAUAUCCAUAUGAAGCAUAUGUUAAUACAAAUAAAAUACUUCUACGUAUUCCACGAGAAAAUCAUGAUGCAAUAUUACCGGAUGAUAAUAUAAUUAUUGAUUAUUUAAAAGCAGCUGGUGGUAAAAUUUUACGUUUAGAAAAAUUUGAAGAUCGAACCGUUUUAGUUGAAUUUGAUGAUUAUGAUCCAGUUGAUGUAUGUUGUUUGUCACGACCUCAUUUUAUCAAUGGUCAAAUGAUUGAAAUAGAAAAAUGUCGUGAUGAACAACAAGCUCGACGUCGUGCUCAAUUUCGACAAAAAUCACGUUCUGUAUCUCUUAAACUUUCUCCAACAUUAACAACUGCUGAUAUUGAUAUUCAAUCUUAUAAUACAAUUUCACCAACACCAACUGUAAAUAUUGAUGAACAAGUUGCUCAACUUCGAUUAACAUAUUCUGAUAUGAAUAAUCGUUUAGAAGAUGAACAUGAACAACUUGUUUCUUCACUCAAAGCUGAAUGGGAAAAAAUAGCUAAACAACGUAUUCGUUUACAACGUUUAACACUUGAUUAUAAACAAGAACAGGAACGACUUAUUGAAGAAAAUCAACGAUGGAAAAAAUUAUAUAGUGAAUGUUUACAAGAAAAUCUUCAUAUUCAAACUAAAGGUAAACAAAAAUUACUUGAUGCAACUGAAAAAUAUUCAAUCACUAAAAGAUAUUAUGAUCAACUUAUUCAAGAUAAAAAUCAAUAA